ACCAGUGAAGCUCCUGAGGCAACAACACCAUGAUCGCAAAGGUAUUAGUAGUGCUGGGUGUGGUGGCCGCGGCUACUGCUGACAGACGUCCAUCCUUCUCCUACGGUGCCCCUCGGGCUUAUUCUUCUGAGGAGUCUUUUGAGUCUUACGAGUCUGGUGAGGCUCAGUACAACUUCAACUACGCCGUGAAGCACGACCCCUCCGGCAACGACUUCGGUCACCAGGAGACUCGUGAUGGUGACGACACCCAGGGGUCGUACUACGUGCAGCUUCCCGACGGUCGUCUGCAGACUGUGAAUUACUUCGUGGACGGUGACUCAGGCUACAUUGCUGAUGUCAAGUACGACGGAGAGGCUCGCUACCCCGACUCAUACGAGUCCUUUGAGUCCUUCGAGUCCCGGGAGGCUCCCCGCUACGCCCCUCCCAGGCGUGUGUACGGCUAGACAAGUAUGCCACAGUAAUGUGAGAAGGAUGAUGCAUGCUGCUAAUAUUUGUAUCACCUGCUGGUAGAAAACCUUAACUUAUUCUCCUGUAUUUAUUUUAAGUUAAUAAAACCCAAGUAGACUGACAUA